CUUGCUCUCAUGUCUUUUUUUAAUAAUUUCGUCGGCUCCAUCAAUUCAGUUGUCGAUUCGGUUGUGGAUACUUAUUCUAAUGCAAAAACCUUUCCGAAUACCAUUAUAAAAGUUAAUGGAAGCUACUAUACAAUUACAAAGCUACUAGGCGAAGGUGGUUUCUCAUUUGUUUAUUUGGCUGAAGAUGAGAAGAAACAAUUGUAUGCAAUUAAAACGAUUCGAUGCAAAAUGGGUAAAGAAGUUGCUGAAAACGCUAUAAAGGAGGCUAUCAUGACCGACCGAUUUCAGCACCAGAAUAUUAUCAAGAUUGUGGAUAUGUGCAUGAUUAAAGAGGAGGAUGGAAGCAAGACAAUCUAUAUCAUCAUGCCUUUUUAUAAGCGAGGAAACAUCCAAGAUUUAAUCGAAAGGAACAACCAACAAGGCAAAAUGUUGCCGGAAAAGCUCAUACUGACUUUAUUUCGAGAUAUUUGCAUAAGUAUUCAGGUCUUGGCUGAGUAUAGGAACAGAGCUGGUAAACAUAUUCCUUGGGCACAUAGAGAUAUUAAACCUGCUAAUGUACUAUUGUCGGAUGAUGGAAAAUUACCUAUCUUGAUGGAUUUUGGAUCUGCGAGACCAGCAAGAGUAGAAAUUACAGAUCGAAAGAUUGCGAUGAAACAACAGGACGACGCUGCGGAAAAUUGCUCGAUGCCUUAUAGAGCACCAGAAUUAUUUGAAGUAAAACCCGACACUGUUUUGGAUGAAAAAGUGGAUGUGUGGUCAUUGGGAUGCACUUUAUUUGCUAUGGCAUACGGAGAAUCUCCAUUCGAAAUGACUAUAAACCAACAGGGUGGCACGAUGGCCUUAGCCGUUUUAAAUAGACAAUUUAGAUUUCCAGCUGGUAAAAUUUAUUCGAAAACAUUCCAGGACUUUAUUUCUUGGAUGCUGAAAACAGAUCCUAAAGCAAGACCUAAUAUCCAGGCAGUGAUCAAAGCCGUUAAUAGAAUGCUAUCCUCAUAAAAAAAAAUAGCCCUUUUACAGUUAUUACUAUUUAAUCUUUAAUAAAAAUUAUCUAAUUUAAAAUUUUA